AUGGAUGUAGACGUAACAUCCGCCCAGCAAUUACCAUUUGCUGUGGGUUCAAGCAAGAAUUUUCUCUGGUGCCCCACUAUGGAUUUGGUGUCUUUCCAAUUGAGCAAAAAUGCGCUUUGGGUCUACAGAUUAGGAAACCAGCGGGUCUGGACAAUCGAAUUAGAUGAUGAUCAAGAGAUUGAGUGUCUUUGCUGGAGACCUGAUGGCAAGAUAUUUGCUAUAAUUUCCACCGAGGGACAAGCUAAUCUAUUUGAUUCGAGCAGUGGCAAAUUGAUGCUCAAGUUUCAAAUUGGGAGUUCAAUAGAAACUUGCAGCUGGUUUAAUAGACUCAGCACAUUUGACACCUCAAACAAAUAUGAGCAGAUGUUUAACAUCAGUCUCACCAACUCGCUACCCAAACUCACAUCGUCACAUAGUUCAAAAAAGCUGGUCAACGAUGAUCAACUAAUCAAGUGCGAAGAUUCUUCCCUUGAUUUCCUCAUCAUUGGAUCUGAGCAUGGCAUGAUCUCUCUGGUUCUAUAUGGCAUCUUCAUCAUUGAGAAUUUUCAGCUACCGCAGCUGCAGGAUUCUCACUCAACGUUCUUGGGCAUUUGCUCGUCCAGAAACCUCGUCUCGCAUUACAUUCUGACAGAAAAGGAAGAAGGCCUUUUCGUUAUUAAAUUGACAACUUCAUUUGUGGAAAUAUAUGGUAACUUACUUCCUCGUGUGUGCCUUGCUUGCUCCAAACUUGUGGGCCUACUCACAUAUGUUAAAGAGUUGAUUGAUGAUCUGGCUUCCGAAUGCAUGCCUUUUGAAGAUUACACUGUGCGCAUAGUCGAUCUCUUGAAAAGCGAGAUUGAAUCUUUGCCGGAGUCUAAAAAUAAUACUGUUGACCCUAUAUAUGACCUUUAUGAUCUUUUGUUGACUGGAGUCAUGACAGAGCCGACUAGGGCUUGGAUUAGUGACUAUUUGGGAGACCGAGGACUGAAAAGGUGGACAAAACUAGGCAAACAGUACUAUGAAAGCUCCAGAAAAAACCUUUUCUACAAUCUGAUUCCUGCAUUGGAACACAUGCUUGUAUACCUUACAGACUUACAUGGUCUUUCCAAUUGGAAAGAGAAUGAGGGCAAAUUGGGCCUUCAAGGUCAGCUUAUAGAUAAGGCUAUUGAGCUAACUUCUAAACUACUCCGUCUGCUCUACCAAAAUAUGUUGAAACUGAACGAGCAACAGCAGUGUUUCGAGAGUUUCGUUCAGUGGCUCAACGCAAUUCUGGUCGAAAUAACCUCUGACGAGAAAAGCACUGACACCAUCAAGACAAAAGAAGUCAUCAAGUUCCUUACAACGGGCUUACAGAUAUCAAUUAAUGACGACUCAUCGCAACUUUUCUCGGAUCUAAAGCACACAUGUGAGCAAUUCUUUGAUGCCAUCAAAAGCAACAUGAAGACCAAAAUGAAUUCCGAUAUGUUUGGAAGAAUUGGAGGUGUUGGUUGCAUAAAUGCCAAACUUUCAAUAUACACCGAAGACGAGAAGGAAUUCGGGCUUGUCAUAAUGCAGCAAGAAGGACAAGCUACAGUCGUGAAGUUUGAUUGCUUCACACUGAAUCACUCAAUUUAUCCCUUGGAAAUCUCAGAUUUGCUUCUUGGUAAGACCGCAGAUAUUCAAGGAACUUUUCUGAACCCUAGAGAGCUGGUCAUCUUAGUGGCGUUCAAGGAUGACAUGAUUAAAAGUGAUCUUUUGGUUUUGGAUACUCGUGACAUAAUGACUGGAGCUUCAACUGAGCUGUCUCGAAAAAAUAUCAUGAAACACACCGAGUUUAGGGAGGGAUUUAUCCCUAGAUAUAUUGCUAUCAACCCAUUGCGAAGAAUCGGAUGCUUGCUUGAUUCAAACAAGAAGAGCUACAUCGUCGUAGAAAUUUAA